GCGCGGCGGCUGCAGCCACUUUAUCACAGCCACAAACGCAGAGAUGAUGUCCUUUAAGGUCGCCCUGCUGAUGAGCCUGCUGCUCGGCCAGGCACUCGCCUUCUGGGGUUCAGACGAGAACAAGUACAUCAAAAAAUUCGCAAUGAUGAAGGUUUAUGAAAGCUGUUUUGGAGAUGAAGUAGUGCGCGAAGUGCGCGAGGAGAUGCGGGCGGCGGCAGCGAGGUGUGCGGCGGCCGGCGCCGCAGGUCCUCCUGGACCAAGCAACACGCAGGCUGUCUUUGAGCAACUGGAAAACACGGUGCCACAGACGACCAGACCACCCUCCACGACACCCACGCCAACGUCGACGACGACGACCACGGCCGCCCCUGACACGACCACCCCUCAAUACUUCAGCUCGACGAGGAGGCCAUACAACCCUGCUGUGGUCGCCAACAUGGGCACCGAGACGCUGCUCAGGCUGCAGACCCUCUUGCAGGGACUCAAAAACUUCAUGAAUCCUUCGGUGUUUUCACAGCACGGCGGCGCAAACCUGGCCGCGGCGGCCGCCAACGUGGCCAACGCCUUCACCCCGCAGGCCAUCCCCCAGCAGCAGCCGGCGCAGGAUGCACAGGCGAUUCCCGCACAGCACUUCCCACAGCGCUACCCCUUCACCCCGCAGAACUACGCUCCUCAGGGUUACUCUCCCUACGGCGGCGGCUACGCUCCUCCUGCGCCCUACUACCCCUACCCUCCGGCCGUGCACAACCCCUACUACUCGUACCAGCAGAACCCCUUCGCCGCUUUCUUCAACCCUCGUACUUCUAGGGACAUGGACUUCCGCAGUAGCAACGCAAACGCUAAGACCCGCAACAUCACCUGCGUUAUGCAAGAACUGGGAUACCUGGACGCAAAUCUGCAGCCCAACUACUCCGGAAUCAUCUCUAGAAUCCAGCGCCUGCCUCUUCCUGCUGAGCUUAAAAGUGACAUGAGUGACGCGGUUCAAUUCUGCCAGAAAUUCGCUCAAUGCGUUCCUGAGCCUGACGAGAACAAAAUGCAAGUGUCUGCUGAGUUCACCAAGCCUAUGCUCUUCUUCAAGUGUUACAAGCAAAAGAAGUUGGAGGCGUGCGUGCUGAAGGACGUUAGGGAGCGCUUCAUGCUUGCCACUGGCGGCAACAAUGCUGACCCCGAGAUCCCCGACCACAACACCCUAGACGAGGAGGAGAGCACCGGCAUCCGCAACACCUUCAGAGGACGCUCCAGCAGGAUUAUGAGGAAGAGGAACAAAAUGAGCAAAGUCAGCAGCGCCACGACCAUGGCCGAUCUGUCUGACGUUGUCUUCGGGGACGCCACACUCGCCUUGUGAGAGAAAGCCUAGCAGAAAAUCAGAAGUUGCGAAUUCCACCGAAUUCGUGCCCACAGACUCUUAGUGCUUUAAGUAUGAUUAAAAUGGCAAUGCAAAUGUACUGAAUGGGAUGAACCGUAUAUUUAAAAAAGGUAAAGUUGCGGAGAGAAGUUCUCGGCUUACUUUUGGGCGGGUGAAGGGACUCUGUGUAACUCAAACUGUUGUACAAUGCUGGUUGCCAACUGUGCCUUUUCCUCAAUAGAGUUUGUUAGAUGUAGCGUGUCUCUAUAUUUAUUGAAUAAUUUAUUGCAAGCCCUAACUUAUAUUAACAAGUUUAAAAAUAUUAACAUAUUUUGUGUCAACGAAACCCUUCUGCCAACAAUGUCUGCAACGUAAAAGUGUAACUAACUGAGCCAAAUAAAACAAAUUGUUUGUGAA